AUGAGAGAAAAGAGGCUUGUUCUGGGCAAUAAAGAACUGGGCUUACUAAUGGACUGUGCUCAGGCAAUAACCUUUUCAGGCGGAACAUUCCCCGAGAUAGAGAGAAUCGUAAAAGCGGUUGACAAGAUGGAAGAUUACGAGGUCGUUCAUGCCCUGGCCAAGGGAGGGCACAGUGAAGUAUUUGUGGUAAGGGGGAGAUUAGAUGGAAAAAUAUACGCACUGAAGAAAGUGUUUAAACAAGAUAUUUUGAAUGAUCCCCUUGUGAAUCCCGUGAUGAGGGAGAGAGAGUCGAUGAUAUGCGGGCGUAACUCAGAGUGGCUGUUGGGGCUGCAUAAGUCGUUCCAAGAUAGCCACGCACUGUACUUUCUGACUGAUUUUAUACCAGGGGGAGACCUAGGGAGUCUCUGCUGCAGGAAAGGCACUCUUCCUGAAGAGAUGAUUCGCUUCUUCAUUGGAGAGCUGCUGAUGGCUCUGAAGGAGCUGCACACUUUGGGCUUUGUGCACCGAGACAUUAAGCCAGAGAAUGUGCUGAUUGAUGCAGAGGGGCACAUAAAGCUAGCAGACUUUGGAAGCAGCACAAGGCUCUGUGCUGACGACCAUGCAGUGGUGGUUGGGACUCCUGACUAUGUGGCGCCUGAGCUGCUAACGAUGUCAGGCGGGCUGAGCGAAAAGACCGAUCUGUGGUCUGUUGGGGUUGUAGUGUACGAAUUAGCCUUUGGGAUCACUCCUUUCUACGAUGAGAGCAUCAGAGGAACGUACAAUAACAUAAUGGCAAUUGAGUAUAAAGUGGAAGAGUGCUCUGAGAAUCUGAGAGAUUUGAUAGUGAAUCUGCUGUGCAGCAAGGAGAACAGACUAGAUCUUGAAAAAACAAUGAAUCACGCUUUUUUUGCAGGGUUUAGCUUUGAGGGAAAAGGUGCAAAUCGUGUCCUGUAUGUGCCAAGCAUCCAGGGCAUGGAGUCCGUGGAGAACUUUGAGAUAGAAGAGUUCCAGCCUGCACAGAGCACUCCGCUCGGGAACACACUGGAAAGUGUCAGAAAGUUUAUAGGCUUUGGAUACGAUCCAGAGAUAGUUCUGCAGAGCACUGAAGAAGCACUGAGUGCAGAAGAUGGAAAAGAAAUAGCUGUAAAUAUAAAAAAUAAUCUUGAAAUUAAAAAGAGUCCUGCAGAAACAGAUGACUGCAGUGCUGCUAGUAAUUUUGCAAACUCAAGCCCUGCUGAAGAUCGCAAUGAGACUGUCUUAAAUAGCGGUGAGUGUAAUAACAGCGAGAACAGCAGUGGGGUGCAGAAUGAUUUAUGCGAUAGUAUCUCCCUGGAAAAGGAGAGAGAAGAGAGAAUACAAGAGAACACAAUCUGUGCUGUCUGCGAAUGUGCACGAGUUAAGGAGUAUAUAAUGGAAGAGAGCAUUGUAAUCAGCAUAGAAACAUCAAAAAAAGAAGAGAAGCCAGAGGAAACUGAAGAGAGCAUCAGCAUAACCACAGAGAUGCAAGAGCCAGCUGCACAGAUAGAAACAGCAGUUUGCUUAGAAGGAAGAAAGGCCAAUCCCCUGGCGCCAACUGAAGAGUACAUAUCCGCAAAAAAUAACGGAGAGCAGGAAAGUGCCCUGAAGAAGGAAUACGAGGCUUUGGCUGCGCAUGUUUCCCAGCUAGAGGUGGAGUUCCAAAUGGGAUACGAAAAGCUGGCAAAGCUGAGCUUAGAGCCGCUGGAGAAGAGCCUCGAAAGCAUAGAAGCUGAAACAGAGAAGUAUACACAGACAGUAAAGGAGUCUCAGAAAAGAGAGAGCGAAAAUGCCUUCCAGGCCAGGUGGAUCAUACGAAAGCUGCAGACAGAAAUACGCGAUGCCCAGAGCAGAAUAGAGAGAGAAGUGGAGUCCAGGACAAGCCUCGCUGAGCAGAUAAAAGAAGCGAGAGCAGAGAAUAAAGACCUGAAGGAGCAAAUAAGAAGGCUGAAACUGGCUUCAAAUGUCUACAACUUCCCGAUCAAAGUGUACGGUAAUAAUAAGUGGGAGUCAAGCACUCUGCAUCUGGAGGAAGACUAUCUGCGGAUAAAAGACAUAUGCCUCCCGAUAAGCAAACUGUACUUCCAAAAUUUGAAGAAAAACGAGCUGCUGCGAAUUAACUCAAAGGGAGAGCUCCUUUCGUUCAAGCUCCUUCUCCCGUCUGAGGACGAUGCAUACACUGAGCACACAGAGUCAUCAUCAGAUCAGACACUUAUGCCGGGAGAAGACCAGGAGCUGAAGAAAGAGCUGGAGAAAGAGAUAAAAAUACUCGAAGGAAUCGAGAGGAUGAUAAACACCUCUUCUCCCUUUUCCAACUCGAUCAUCCCCAUGGCUCUGAAACAGAAAGAGGGCACAGAGAAAAAGAUAGCAGAGAUCAGACAGGCACUCACACAGGGCGUCACCUCUGACCCGAUGCUUAUCCGAUACAACAACCAUGCAUUCCGCCUCACGAACUUCAAGGCGGGCGUGCAGACGUGGUGCCACGUGUGCAACAGAUUGCUCUAUGGAGAGAUGAAGCAGGGUCUUUUGUGCAAGGGAUGCAAGCUCGUGUGCCAUCGAGAGUGCCACACUCUCAUCGCAUACUCCUGCGAGCUGCAGCAGGCCAUGGAAAGAGGAACAUCGAUAAUUCUCAUGGCAAAGCAGCUGGAAGACAAGGAAAGGAUCAAAGCAAUUGUGGGGAACAGCCACUCAUGA